CGCACAACUUGAACGCAGUGUUUGCACUUGGAAGCUGCAGUUGCCCUCACCGGCAUUCCAAAACGAUCCCUAUAUGAUCAAAACCAUCUCGAUCUAGUCGCCACCGCGAGCCACUUCACACUCUGCCACUUCAAUUUCUCCGGCAACCGUACGCGGCGGCGAUGGAGCCGGACGUGAGCGUCGAAACCAGUUGCAUGAUCCGAAUCGCGGUCCUCCCGAUCGGACCAAUCCCUCCCUCCCACUUCCGAGACUACGCCUCGAUGCUUGCUCGCCACCACAAGAUCGAGCUCUCCACGAUCAGUUCCUUCUACACCGAGCACCAGAAGAGCCCCUUCUCGAACCAACCCUGGGACUCCGGCAGCAUUCGGUUCAAGUUCAUGGUCGGUGGAUCGGCGGCGAGUCCCUGGGAGGACUUCCAGUCCAAUCGGAAGAUCUUAGCUGUUAUCGGUAUUUGUCAUUGUCCUUCAUCUCCCGAUCUCGAAUCUGUCAUCGAACAGUUCUCUAAUGCGUGUAAGAGCUACUCUUCUUCGCUCGUCCAGCGAUGUUUCGCUUUCUGCCCCGGUGAUUCUCAGCUAGAGGAUAACAGCAGAAAAGAGGGUAAUUUAGUUCUGUUUCCUCCUGCUGAUCGGCAAACCCAGGAAUUCCACUUGCACACGAUGAUGCAAGAUGUUGCUGCCUCAUUGCUGAUGGAAUUUGAAAAGUGGGUUCUUCGACCAGAUUCUGGUGGCACUAUUCUGAAGACACCUUUAGACUCUCAAGCCAAUCUCAGCUCCGAGGAGGUGAUUAAGGCAAAAAAGCGUAGACUUGGUCGUGCCCAGAAAACUAUAGGGGAUUACUGUUUAUUGGCAGGAUCACCUGUUGAUGCCAAUGCCCAUUAUUCUACUGCAUUAGAGCUUGCCAGGUUGACUGGGGAUUAUUUUUGGUAUGCUGGGGCAUUGGAGGGCAGCGUUUGUGCAUUACUGGUUGACCGAAUGGGCCAGAAGGAUCCAGUUCUAGAGGAUGAGGUUAAGUACCGGUACAAUAGUGUCAUCUUGCAUUACAGGAAAUCAUUUAUACAGGAUAAUGCACAGAGAGUAUCUCCCCUAAGCUUUGAACUCGAGGCUACUUUGAAAUUGGCAAGAUUUCUCUGCAGACGUGAGCUGGCCAAGGAUGUAGUGGAGUUGUUGACAGCUGCUGCUGAUGGAGCGAAAUCUUUGAUUGAUGCCAGUGACCAACUAAUAUUGUAUGUUGAAGUAGCUCGUCUUUUUGGAACUCUAGGCUAUCACCGGAAAGCUGCCUUUUUUUCAAGGCAGGUAGCUCAGCUGUAUUUGCAACAAGAAAAUAGACUGGCCGCUAUCAGUGCCUUGCAAGUGUUGGCAAUGACCACAAAAGCAUAUCGUGUUCAAAGUAGAGCAUCUAUUGCUAGGAGUUCUCUUCCCAAUGAAAUUAUAUCCACUCAUGUUGAUGGUGGGAAAACGCAUCAUCACUCCAUCGUCUCACAUUUUGAGUCCCAAUGGAGCACCCUGCAGAUGGUUGUUCUAAGAGAGAUACUGGUGUCUGCUGUCCGUUCUGGAGAUCCUCUUGCUGCAUGGAGUGCAGCAGCACGCCUGCUUCGAUCUUAUUAUCCUCUAAUUACUCCUCCUGGGCAAAAUAAUCUUGCGAGUGAACUUGCAAAUUCUGCUGAUAGACUCCCUUCAGGAACUCGCUGCGCUGAUCCUGCCUUACCUUUUAUAAGGUUGCAUUCCUUUCCACUCUAUCCCUCACAAAUGGACAUCAUAAAACGCAAUCCAGCUAGAGAAGAUUGGUGGGCAGGAUCUGCUCCUUCAGGGCCUUUUAUUUAUACACCAUUCAGCAAAGGAGAGCCAAAUCAUAGCAGUAAGCAUGAGCUGAUUUGGGUUGUUGGAGAACCAGUCCAGGUGUUAGUGGAAUUGGCAAAUCCUUGUGGGUUUGACUUAAUGGUUGAUAGCAUCUAUCUGUCAGUGCAUUCCGGAAACUUCGAUUCUUUUCCAAUUAGUGUAAAUCUCCCAACUAAUUCUUCAAAAGUGAUCACGUUGUCUGGAAUUCCAACUAAAAUGGGGCCAGUGACAAUUCCUGGAUGCAUAGUUCAUUGUUUUGGUGUAAUUACUGAACACCUUUUUAAGGAUGUUGAUAACUUGCUCCUUGGAGCAGCACAAGGUCUUGUUCUUUCUGACCCUUUCCGCUGUUGUGGGUCUGCAAAGUUGAAAAAUGUAUCAGUUCCAAAUAUUUCUGUGGUACCCUCACUGCCAUUGCUAGUGUCACACGUUGUAGGUGGUGAUGGAGCUGUCAUUUUAUAUGAAGGUGAGAUUCGUGAUGUGUGGAUUAGUCUGGCUAAUGCUGGUACUGUUCCAGUUGAACAGGCACAUAUAUCACUAUCAGGAAAAAACCAAGAGUCUGUUUUAUCAGUCCCCUAUGAAACUUUAAAAAGUGCCCUUCCUCUGAAACCUGGUGCGGAAGUGACAAUACCAGUAACCUUAAAAGCGUGGCAGCUUGGUUUGGUUGACACUGAUAGUGCUAGCAAAAAUUUAUCUGGAAGCACAGGGAGGCCAGCUAAGGAUGGAAGCAGCCCAAUGUUGUUGAUCCACUAUGCAGGGCCAUUGGCGAAUUCAGGAGAACCACCCACAGAUGGGUCUGUUGUUCCCCCUGGUAGACGCCUGGUUGUUCCUUUGAACAUUUGUGUUUUGCAGGGCUUGUCCUUUGUGAAGGCCCGUUUGCUGUCGAUGGAAAUUCCUGCACACAUCGGUGAAAAUCCUCCUAAGUUGGUUAAUGUGGAGAAUGGUUCUUCUGAAGUUACGGUUUUUGAUUCUUCUGAAAGUAAGACUGAUAGAUUAGUGAAGAUUGAUCCUUACAGGGGAAGUUGGGGGCUACGUUUUCUUGAACUCGAGUUGUCUAAUCCAACUGAUGUUGUGUUUGAGAUUAAUGUUUCUGUCAAGCUAGAGAAAUCUAGAAAUGAGGAUAAUUCUAGUGUUGACUGUGAUGCAGCUGAGUUUGGUUACCCUAAAACAAGAAUCGAUAGGGAUAACACUGCAAGGGUACUAAUACCUCUAGAGCAUUUUAAAUUACCUGUUCUGGACAGUUCGUUCUUUGUGAAACAUACCCAGAGUGGGACCCCCGGUAGAAGUUCAAGUUUCUCGGAAAAGAAUGCUAAGGCUGAACUGAAUGCUUCGAUCAAGAACUUGAUUUCCAAAAUUAAGGUGAGGUGGCAAUCUGGACGGAACAGCUCUGGAGAAUUAAACAUUAAGGACGCCAUACAGGCUGCCCUUCAGACGUCCGUCAUGGAUGUCCUGCUACCGGAUCCAUUGACGUUUGGCUUUAAGCUUGCUGAAAAUAGUACAGGACGUGCCAAACUCAGUUCAUCCAAAGAAUCUAUUAAUCAAGUUCAAUCCCCUUCGUCUAAAGGUUCUGUACUUGCGCAUGACAUGACUUCCAUGGAAGUUCUGGUCCGAAAUAACACUAAGGAAAUGAUAAGGAUGAGUCUUAGCAUUACGUGCCGAGAUGUAGCCGGGGAGAACUGCAUUGAGGGCAAGAAGGCAACUGUUCUUUGGUCAGGUGUUUUGAGCGGUGUAACUGUGGAGGUUCCUCCCCUAGAGGAAAUCAAACAUUCGUUCUCUUUGUAUUUCCUGGUUCCUGGCGAGUACACUCUGUUAGCUGCUGCUGUGAUUGAUGAUGCCAAUGACAUUCUGAGGGCUCGUGCCCGAUCUAGUUCACCUGAUGAGCCAAUCUUCUGUCGGGGGCCCCCAUUUCAUGUCCGAGUAAAUGGAACUGCAUAAACUGUAUCAUUUCUUGCACCUAUUAAACACGUGUCGGCUCAUAUUUUUCCUGAGGAAACUUCUGAUACUGUCAUUUGUGCCUUUUCAUAAUUUAGCUCGUCAAGAUUUUAGUUGGGUGGUGUAUAUUAGGAUGUUCUAGAGUGCCUGUAAAUCCAUAGUGGACAUUAAUUAUUGUGAUUUCCUUUCAAUGAGUGUUGUGAAUUUGAGGCUCAUAAGAAA